GGGUUUAUGAGGAGGCCCGGGGAGCGUUGGGGCAGAUUUGCACUCAGGUCCACCUGAGGUACUUGUCGGUGGCGCUCACCUCUGUUCCCUCUCCUCUCGGAGACACGACUGUUGUCUAGGGGUAGGGGACUGUGUGUGGUCGGGUGGGCUGGUCGGGAGGACAUUCUUUCGGCCUCGCCGCAGGCAAGCUGUGGAGAAGCAGGACUUGGGGUGGGGACGGGUGUCCCGGGCUUCUGAGAAGGAAGACCCCCCCCCGGACCCCCCCUCGGCCCCCCCACCGCACUUCUACCCUGGCUGACUGGACACUAAGAUGGCUGCCGUUGCCAUGACACCCAACCCUGUGCAGACCCUUCAGGAGGAGGCGGUGUGCGCCAUCUGCCUCGAUUACUUCACGGACCCCGUGUCCAUCGGCUGCGGGCACAACUUCUGCCGCGUGUGUGUAACCCAGUUGUGGGGCGGGGAAGACGAGGAGGACAGGGAUGAGCUGGAUCGGGAGGAGGAGGAGGAGGUCGGAGAGGAGGAAGAAGUGGAGGCUGUGGGAGCAGGCGGGGGCUGGGACACCCCCAUGCGGGAUGAAGAUUAUGAGGGUGACAUGGAGGAGGAGGCCGAGGAGGAAGAGGAGGGUGUGUUCUGGAGUAGUGGCAUAGACGGGUCCAACUGGGACAACAUGGACUAUGUGUGGGAGGAGGAGGAGGAGGAGGAGGAAGAUCUGGACUAUUACUUGGGAGAUGUGGAGGACCUGAGGGGGGAAGAUGAGGACGAGGAGGAGGAAGUGCUGGAGGAAGACGAGGAAGAAGAGCUAGACCCGAUCACCCAACUGCCGCCUCCUCCAGCCCCUCGGAGGUGCUUCACUUGUCCCCAGUGUCGAAAAAGUUUUCCUCGGCGGAGCUUCCGCCCCAACCUGCAGUUGGCCAACAUGGUCCAGGUGAUUCGCCAGAUGCACCCAUCCCCUGGGCGCGGGAGUCGUGUGAACGAGCAAGGCAUCUGCCCGAGACACCAAGAAGCCCUGAAACUCUUCUGCGAGGUGGACGAAGAAGCCAUCUGUGUGGUGUGCCGAGAAUCCAGGAGCCACAAACAGCACAGCGUGGUGCCGCUGGAGGAGGUGGUGCAGGAGUACAAGGCCAAGCUACAAGGUCAUGUGGAGCCACUUAGGAAACACCUCGAGGCUGUGCAGAAGAUGAAGGCCAAGGAGGAGAGGCGGAUGUCAGAGCUGAAGAGCCAGAUGAAAUCAGAGUUGGCAGCUGUGGCCUCAGAGUUUGGGCGCCUAACACGGUUUCUGGCUGAAGAGCAGGCGGGACUAGAGCGGCGCCUCCGAGAGAUGCAUGAAGCUCAACUGGGACGUGCAGGAGCAGCAGCCCACCGCCUUGAAGAGCAGGCUGCCCAGCUCAGCCGCCUGCUAGCUGAAGCCCAAGAACGGAGCCAGCAGGGGGGCCUGCGGCUGCUGCAGGACAUCAAGGAGACUUUCAAUAGGUGUGAAGAGAUACAGUUGCAGCCCCCAGAGAUUUGGUCCCCUGACCCAUGCCAACCCCAUAGUCACGACUUCCUGACAGACGCCAUUGUGAGGAAAAUGAGCCGGAUGUUCUGUCAGGCUGCAAGAGUUGACCUGACGCUGGACCCUGACACAGCUCACCCAGCCCUUAUGUUGUCCCCUGAUCGUCGUGGGGUCCGCCUGGCAGAACGUCGGCAGGAGGUCCCUGAACAUUCCAAGCGCUUCUCAACUGACUGCUGUGUACUAGGGGCCCAGGGCUUCCGCUCUGGCCGGCACUACUGGGAGGUAGAGGUGGGUGGGCGGCGAGGCUGGGCAGUGGGUGCUGCCCGUGAAUCAACCCAUCAUAAAGAAAAAGUGAGCUCUGGGGGGUCAUCUGUUAGCAGUGGGGAUGCCGGCUCCUCACGCCAUCACCAUCGCCGCCGCCGGCUCCACCUGCCUCAGCAGCUCCUGCUCCAGCGGGAAGUAUGGUGUGUGGGCACCCACGGCAAACGAUACCAGGCACAGAGCUCAACAGAGCAGACACUGCUGAGCCCAUGUGAGAAACCACGGCGCUUUGGCGUGUAUCUGGACUAUGAGGCUGGGCGCCUGGGAUUCUACAAUGCAGAUACACUAGCCCACGUACAUACCUUCUCAGCUGCCUUCCUUGGCGAGCGUGUCUUCCCUUUCUUCAGGGUGCUUUCCAAGGGCACCCGCAUCAAGCUCUGCCCUUGAUUGGCCUACCACCCGCAGGGGCCCCUCCAGUCACUGGAGGGGCGGGUGGUGGUGGAUGUUUGCCCACUCACUAUGUUUGUGAGCUCAGGCUCCUCCCACUGUUUCUUACUGAGUUGCUUCCUGCUCCCCCUUGAACCAGGCUGCUUAUCGCUCUAGGAGCCUAAACAACUUCCUAGACUCCCUCCCUCCAACUGUUUUACCUACUUUAUCUGACAAGUCUGCAUGGGUCCCUGAUCAUGAGAACAGCUGCCUGAUCUUCCCUCCCUGUCUGCCUAGCUCAGUCCAGCUCUGGGUCCCAAUUUGAGUAGGGGAAUGAGCAGAGAUAACUUCAUUUCUUAACUUUCCUCUUCCACAUCUACUCUUCAACUCUUUUAAUUUCUGAGGCUGGAGGGUUUGGGCAAGACCCAUCCAUUCCAAUUCCACGUUUUGGUGCAAGCUUCAGCUAAGGGAUUGGGAAGCUUUUGUGGGGAGGCAGGCUGGAUAAAAGGGUAGAGCUGUGUAAAGUCUACUUUUUCUUGGGGAAGUAGGAACUCUUUAAGCUUUCCACCCCCAAUUUCUACCUCCAUAGAAUGGCCAGAAUUUAGCUUCAGUGAGAUCUGUCUGGAAUAGUCAACUUGACACCACACACCAUCAUAUUACCCAAUAAAUUAUUUCCUCUCAGUCUCCUAAUUUAGGAGCCAUGCCCCACACCUACCCCUCCAGGUCUUCACUGCCAGGAUUAUUUCCCCUCACUGAGCAUCAGUUUCUGGCCUUUCCAUACCUUUUAGCUCCACUUGGUAAGCCCUGUUGGGGAGCUUGGGACAGGGGUCUGGAUCCUUGGGAGAGUCUUGAGUAUAAUCUAUUUUUCUAGUAACCCCUUGCCUUCUGUCACUUAACAGCUUUGGUCCUCUGCUUUGGCUGAGGUCAAGUCAUGUUCUUGGGGGAAAGGUGGGUCGUGUUGCAGAAAAUAAAGUCUUUAUUUGCUGCU